UCAAUUUUGUUUCAAAAAUAGUGCACUGUACUAUACUAAUAGUUCUAGCUACCCAUACUAGGUAGCAAAUAAUUCUGUUUAAUGUUUAUUUAGCCUUAUCAUUGGCAUGAUAAAUCAUUUAUUUCUAUAUAAAUAUAACUGGUUUGCCAUUCUUAAUCCUGCAGGACAAAGUCACCUAAAGGUUCAAUCACUGCUUCUGUGCAUGUGCUGAGGGGGAGAACUGGGAGUGCUGAAAUGUGGGUGACCAUCAGUUCCCAGCCCAGGACAGGGCUGUGCCCCAGCCUGGAAGGAUUUCCCCUUGUUUACCUCUGAGCACUCACUGGUUUCAUUGCUAGCCCUCAAGAGCAUGGAGAGCACUUGGAGGAUUUGCGUGUGUUUGUACUGCUGCCUGCCCUGGCUCUCUUCUGGCACCCAGUACUCGCCCCGCUCCAGGGGCCGGGGGGGCUCUGAGAAGGCCCCUGGGUUUUCGGCAGCUCCUGAGGAUGCUGCCAGGGAGCUCAGCGCGGUGCUGCAGCUGCCCCAAGGCGGGGGACCGGCCCCUACCCUCCUGCCCCCGCUGCUCAAGGUGCUGCACGGCCGCGGCCCCCGGGGCUGGCACAGCGAGGCCCCGCGGCUGCAGCCGGACUCCAGGGCUCUCCGGUACAUGAAGAGGCUGUACAGGAUGUCUGCCACCAGGGAGGGCAUCCCUAAGGCGCACCGAGGCCGCUUCUAUAACACGGUGCGGCUCUUCACCCCGUGCUGGGAAUGCCAGCACCGCCUCGGGGGCCUGGGGAAAGGAGAUGUUCACUCGGUGGAUUUACUCUUCAACUUGGAUCGUGUUACUGCUCUGGAGCACUUACUCAAGUCUGUCUUGCUCUAUUCCUUUGACACAUCUGUUCCCAUUUCCUCUUCCAUUACCUGCAUAUGCCAUUUAUCCCUUAAGGAACAUGAUUCUUCCAGCCAAGUUUGCCCCAGCAUUUCCCACUCUCUAGCUUUGAGCCUGCACUUUGAUGUUAGAAAACGCAAAUGGGUGGAGAUGGAUGUGACUUCUUUCCUCCAGCCUCUGAUUGCUACGAACAGGAGGAAUGUUCAUAUGGCUCUGAACUUCACUUGUCUGAUGGGUGACCCACAACAGAGCACGAAACUGCAAAAUGCGGUUAAUGUGACACUGGUUCCCCCUUCCCUUCUGCUGUAUCUGAAUGACACCAGUGAGCAAGCUUAUCACCGUGGGAGCUUGCUCAGGCACAGGAGGAAAAGCCCAGCGCGGGCCAGGCAGAGCAGCAGCCUGCUCGUGGAUCCUCCAAAGGGUGACAAAGGACAAGGCAAUCCCCAGGGUAAAAGGGCCUCUCGCCAGCGAAGAAAUGAGAAUCCAAAAGCAGCACCAGCCACUUCACCUCACAAUCUGAGCGAGUAUCUGAAGCAAUUUGUGCUCCCUCAGCACGAGUGUGAGCUGCACAACUUCCGCCUGAGCUUCAGCCAGCUGCGGUGGGACCGCUGGAUCAUCGCCCCGCACAGGUACAGCCCCCAGUUCUGCCGGGGGGACUGUCCCCGCGCCCUGGGCCACCGCUACGGCUCCCCGGUGCACGCCAUGGUGCAGACCCUCAUCUACGAGCGCCUGGACCCCUCUGUGCCCAGGCCCUCGUGCGUGCCGGCCGCCUACAGCCCGCUCAGCGUGCUGACCGUCGAGCCUGACGGCUCCAUCGCCUACAAGGAGUACGAGGACAUGAUCGCCACCAAGUGCACCUGCCGGUAGUGGGGACUCUGCUGCACUCCACUUUGGGGUGGGUUUGCGCUCUCAAGCACAGGUUUUAUCUUUGCAUUCUCAAGAUCUGUAGCUACAAUUGACUGAGAAGUGUUGCUGUAACUCCGGGAGCUGGGAUUUAGCAAGGAGUUAGCAGAAGGGGUUCACAUCAGAGCACCGAUUUUUUUUGUACUCACUCAGCCUUUCUAGAAUGUGCAAUUAAAUGUAAAUAGCGUCUUUUUAUCGGGAGAAUUUUGAAUUUAAAAUAGGGGAAAGGUUUCAACUACUAAAUGUCUAUUUUAAGCUGCUUUAUUACAGAUUAAAAAAAAAGAAAGAAAUGGCUAUCCCACAUACCCUGACAUACAGUGCCUGCUACUCUGCCUCUGCAGAAACCUUGUGUGUGACAUCUCCGGUAAUGACUGGGAAGAGAAGAAAGCCUUUAAUGUUAGAAUUGUUUCCUUGGUCUUUCAUUCUCUUCCAAGCAGGAUGACACAACCCUUCCUCACAGUUCUGUAAAGAGUUACCACGUUGUUUUUUGCUUUUCUUCUCUUGCACUCUUUGGGCUUUCUCAUCUAAAAGGAGGGUAAGAAUUUAAGGGCAGCUGUGGGUAAUUUGUGAACAUUUAAAUUAAGGCACUAUUUUGGUAAGAAUUUGCACCACCUGAGGCUUCAUUUGGUUCAAGAACAAGGGGCAGCUGUCCAUGGUGUAAGGGCAGAGGAUUGCCCAUUGGAGCCACACUGCCACUGGCUUCUGAACUAGGAAGAAAUGUUUAAAAAGCUUAAUCCCCAAAAAUGGCUUCUAAAAGCUUUAAAUGAGUUGAUGUAAAUGCUGUUCAAUGGGUUUAAUAUUCUGAAAUAUGGGGCCACAGCCUUGUUUCCUCUCACAAUGAAACUGUAGGUAACAAGUGCCUCAACUCUAGGUGCUUUCACACCGAAUUCUUACUGCAAUUGAUUUAUUAUGAUUUAUUGUCUCCUCCUAGACCGACCUGGGGCUCACACACAAAACCUCUCAGCUUUAGUGGGGAUUUUUCUUGUUUGUUUGUUUAUUAAAGGCUGUGCAGCAGCACUGUCUUGUAAAACUUGUUUAGAACAGCCUCUAACACUGACUUGCUAAUGGACUAAUAAAUAAAUGCUGUAACUUUCUACACUCAACCACCCAACCAGCCCCUACCUUAUAUCCUGAGCAAUUCCAGAGGCAGGGAAUUCAGCCUGGCAGGGCAGGCCUGAGAGGCUGCUGUGUGGUGUCACUUUGAUGGUUCACCUGGUCACUGAACCCACUCAUGUUGGGGUGAGUCUGGAGAGCUCCUGGAGGUGCAACAGGCACAAACCUGCCUUAAAAGUGGGGAUCCUGCUCCAGGUUUCAGUCUCUGACUGCUGAAAUCAAAGUGGUUGACACCAAAAGCUCAAAAUGGUAUCUUGGUGUCACAUAAAACCUUCCUGGUCCCAGCACCGUGGGCAGGUGGGUGAGUUUGGAUUGUGUCACUCCUGCUCAUCCCUUCAAACUCUGGGGAUUUGGCUUUGCUCAUCUGCCAGAGAAGAAAAUAAAUGGCAUCGUUUCCUGACACAAAUCCUUCUACUUAUUGUGAAAUGCGUAAUGUAGUCCAAUAAUCCUAACAUAUUCUAAUGUUCCAUUAAUGGGGAUCAUGUUUAAUAUAGUCUAAUAAUUCAAAUAAUAUAUUAAAUAUGUGUCAUAUAUUGUAAUAAUCCCAAUAAUGUUGAACCUAUCUAAUAUAUUGUAAUAAUAAUUCCAACAAUGCUGAAG